AUGGGCAAGAAUCAUUCAUUAUUAUCUGGAGACACUGGAAGAUCUGGUCAUUUAGUCCAGGAAAUAGUUUUGCCGACGUAUACAUUGGACUCGAACUUGAUAUUAUUACCAGGAAUUAUAUAUAAUGUGACUUUCUCAAGGUACAAGGCUGCAGCUUUGUUAUAUAGAUAUAAGAACCUUGUUUCUCAAGUAUCGAUCAUCAAUAACUUGUUGCAUGAAUAUGACUUUGAUGAAAAUGAGAAAGAUUUGGAUUCAGUUCAUGGUAAUGGUGAUGUCAACCCAAGUGUAAUUUCACGUGAUGCAGUUCAAGGUAUAACCCAGCUUUUCAAGUAUGAAUCUAGGGCUAAAUCCAGUUCUAGUUCUAGUUCUAAUUCUGGUGAUUCCGGUGAAAAAUCGAAACAACCAACUGAAUUUGAAUGGUUGGCUUUGGGUAUCAUCCCCAACCAAACUAAAAUUGGUGAUGUAACUGAAAGUGACAGUAAAGUUGUAACUGUCUCAAGAAUUAUUGGGAUAGCUGAUGAUACAACCAACAUUAAAUUGACAAUCCAAGCUAUUACCAGAGGUGUUUUGUUGGAUAGCAAUCAAAGUGGAGAGUUGCAACUGGUUCUGAAAAUGAGUGAGAACCAAGUAAGAAUCGACUGGAAUCACAAGGUUCAUGAUUUGGGAAACAAGUUUAAAGACUUGAAAGUAAACUAUAGUCAGUUACAUCUGUCGAUUGAGAGGUUUCUUUCUGAUUACCGUCGUGCCUUGUCGGUGUAUUCCAGUCAGUCUAAUGGAAAAGGGAACUUAUCUUUGGUGAGAAAGGGAUCUAAUACACCUAAUUCUGGGAAGACUGAUUCAACAAAUGACAAGGAUUCUCGUCAAGAUCUAUUGACUCUCAAUCCUUUGGCAAAUUCAUUAUACUUGCAAUUAGUGGGUUCCAAAGAUUUCAACAAGGCUUUCACUAGUUUGCAGAGCUUGUUUUCUCAGUUUUCAAGUGAUAAGUACGAGAUUGAUGGUAGAACAUACUUGAGAUUAAUCGAUUUGACGUGUGGAAUUUUGCCAUUUCCAAAUCAGCAAAAAUUGGCAUUGUUAAAGAGCCAUGGUAUUGAAGAGAGAAGUACAUUGAUGAAUGAGAUGAUAAUGCAGUUGAAUCAGAUAUUUGAAAGCUUACAUGUCAACAAUACUUUUGUGAACAAUUGGUUUCAAAAUGAAGCAACAAAUAUUCAAAAGGCAAAUGUUGUUGCCAAUCAAUUGAAGUCUAUUAGAUAUUUGUUGGAAGAUAUGACAAAGAAUCGUCAACAAUCUAACCUGAGAAAUGCAGCGUCCUCUAAAAACAAUAACAAACCGAGAAAUCAUGGACCACAAUCCUACAAACGUGACGAUCCUCAUGAUGAAGACGAUGAUGAUAAUGAUGAUGAUGAGUUGAGAGCCAUUGCAAAUUUUAUCAAGAACAAAUUACCAGUCAUUUCAAGCUUAUCGCUGGACUCUAAGCGUUUAAUUACGAAAGAUUUCAAACGUAUUAAAGCUUCAGCAAAUUCUCCUGGUGGAGGUGGUAAUUCUGAUUUUCAUGUGUUGAGGAACUAUUUGGAGAUUGUUAUGGAUAUCCCUUGGGAUGUACAUGUGUCCAAGUUUAAGUCAAACAAGGAAAUUGAUUUAAAAGUUGCAAAGAAGCAAUUAGAUGAUGAUCAUUAUGGGUUGGAACAUGUAAAGAGAAGGUUGAUUCAAUAUUUGGUAGUGUUGAAAUUAUUGGGAAUAAACUCUGAAAAUCAACAAAUUGAGAAGUCAGCUAAGAAACUGAUACAGGCUUCCAAUAGUAAGUCAGGAGAUCUGGAAUCUGGAAUUGUCAUUGCUAAUGGUGACGACACAUAUGCCGCCAAACAACAAGCUAAAAAUAAAAACAAACAGUCGAUUCUUGAGGUUAAGAGAGAUCCUAUUAAUUCUUCGGAAGCUCUUGAAAUUUCUAAACAGAAUCGAUCACCAAUUAUAAUGCUUGCUGGUCCUCCAGGAACUGGGAAAACCUCAUUAGCCAAGUCCAUAGCAACAUCCUUGGGUAGAAACUUUCAAAGAAUUUCUCUUGGUGGUAUUAAAGAUGAAAGUGAAAUUCGAGGUCACAGACGAACUUAUGUUGGUGCUAUGCCAGGUAUAAUUAUACAAGCGUUGCGUAAAGCCAGAUGUAUGAACCCAGUUAUAUUGCUUGAUGAAAUUGACAAAGUUGUGGGAGGAAAUUAUGGUGCCAGUAGAUUCAAUGGAGAUCCUUCUGCUGCAUUGUUGGAAGUUUUGGAUCCAGAACAAAACAACACGUUUAUGGAUCAUUACUUGGGAUUCCCAGUUGAUUUGUCCCAAGUCAUAUUCAUCUGUACUGCGAAUGACCCGUGGAAUAUGACAAGACCAUUAUUGGAUAGAUUGGAAAUGAUUGAGAUUGGUGCUUAUGACUAUAAUGAAAAGUUGGUGAUUGGUAAGAAAUACUUAUUGCCAAGACAAAUCAAAAGAAAUGGUUUCCCCGAUGUUUCAGAUGCUUAUGUGAAAAUUGGUGAUGAAGCACUCAAGAAAAUCAUAGUUGAGUAUACUAGGGGAGAAGCGGGUGUACGAAACUUUGAACGAAAGUUAGGUACGUUAUGCCGUUUCAAAGCAGUGGAAUAUUGUGAAUGGUUGAACAAGGACCGUGGGUCUUACAACCCCAUUAUCGAAGAGAAUGAUUUGCCUAUCUAUCUUGGAGUUCCUUAUUCCCCAGGUGAUGUUGUUUCCAGUGAUGGAACCACAAUUGGUAACUCGCGUGUUGGUGUUGUGAAUGGAUUAUCUUACAACUCCGAAGGUUCGGGAUCUGUCCUAGUUUUUGAAAGUAUUGGGUUUGACAGAAGAAAUGCAAAUGACAAUGACUCAAGUGGAAGUGGACCAACAUUGAAUAUGACUGGUAAAUUAGGAGACGUAUUGAUGGAAAGUGGUAAAAUUGGGCUAAUCUUUAUCAAGCUGAUACUUUAUAAGAAGUUGCUCAAAACUGACGAUGAUGUUGAGGCACAACGUUUGUUGGAUAGAUUCAAUAAUUUGGAUAUUCACAUGCAUGUACCAAUGGGGUCUGUGUCUAAAGAUGGUCCAUCAGCUGGUAUUACCAUGGCACUUCUGUUUUUGUCUGUACUCUUGGACAAGCCUGUUCCAACGGAUAUUGCUAUGACUGGAGAAAUAACUCUUCGUGGAUUGGUUUUGCCUAUCGGGGGAGUUAAAGAAAAGCUUAUGGGAGCUCAUUUAAGUCGCAAGAUUCGUAGAAUGAUUGUUCCACGUGAGAAUCGUAAAGAUUUGAUUGAAGAGUACACAAGAAGUAUCGAGGAAGCAGGAGAAGUUUUGGAUCAUAAUUUGAUUAACGAAUUAUUGAAGGAUAAUGAAGAACCUAGUUUCAAGAUGCAUCAAGUCGAAGAGUACUAUAGAAACAAGUAUGGAAUAUCCAUAUACUAUGCAAAGGAAUUUUACGACGUGAUCAGGAUUGUCUGGAAUGAAGACGACAUGUUGAUAGAUGAUAACAACAAAUCUAGGCUUCUCGAAUACCACAUUUAA